CACGCUCGCGAUUCAACAAAGACGUACGUACAUGCACAAAACUAGAGCGAGCUGUGUGUGUGUGUGUUCGUCAUUUCCUCGAUCAUGGCGAAGGCGCAGGCGCAGGUGGCGGCGAGGUUCAUGAUGGAGGCGCCGCCGCCGCAGGUGGUGUCGGUCAUGCGGCGGAGGAAGGCGCCGAGGAGCCUGAGCACCAUCGCCGAGGACGACAGGGAGAUGCUGGCGCCGUGCGGGUCACCGUCGGACCACGGCCACGCGCAGGCGCAGGUGGCGGCGAGGUUCACGACGGAGGUGGCGCCGCCGCAGGUGGUGUCGGUCAUGCGACGAAGGAAGGGGCCGAGGAGCCUGGACACCAUCGCCGAGGACGACAGGGAGCAGCAGCUGGCGUGCGGGUCGCCAUCGGACCACGGCCUCGCGACGGCGUGGUCGUCGCUCCAGAGGAUACCGACGCCACCGCAGCCGCCGCGGGAGCGCGCAGGUGGGUCCGUGACGAGGGACCUCAGCAAGAACUUCUUGGACUCCCACGGCUGCCAGCAGGCCAGCGGCUGGGAGGGUGGACACAUGCUAGGCCACCGGCGAGCCGUGCAUGCGCUGGAGCUUCACAAGGUCGGAGCUUGUUGAAGAGGGAAGAGAGAAAAUCUAGCUUAGCUGCAGUGAGCUUGUUCGGGAGAAAUAUAUUUGUACCACUUCCACACGUGCGCUCAUGCAUGAUACUUCCUCCGUUUUUUUAUUUACCACAUUUUAGUAAAAAAUGAACUAGCGGCUGAUAAAUAUUCAAAAACGGAGAUAAUAUUAUUUUGGCUUAGCUUUAUCACGCGUGAUGUGGAGAGUAUAUAUGUUUGCUGUGAAGUUGUUUUUCAUCCAGCUUCAAUUUCGCUUGAAAUAACUGUAAUAGUUAAUCAAAAUAAACAUACGAUAUUCUCUC